AUGUCUCACCACGACAUUGUCGAUGCGGAGUCGCGCAAUCGCCUUCCGACACUCUUUGAGGUCCUGAGCCGCCGGACCCUCGCUCCAGUCGACUUAUUUUCGUUCUAUAUUUACAUGCGGGAUCAACAACGCUCAGUGGAUUACCUGGAUUUCUGGCUCGAUGUAUCACAACAUAUGCUACUAUGCCGACACUAUGUCCGAGAACUCAGACGUUCGGUCUUGGUCGCUACCCCAGAUAUUGAACGCGCUGAGAGCAAAUCAUCUGCCAUGCUAGACAAUCUGGAGAAUCUGGGUGACAUUCCGUUGGAGGAGGCUGGGCCUUCUCGUCUACGACACGGAUUCCAAGAAAAUGAGAAGGAGAGAGAUGCUGACCAACGUUUGUCCGCGUUCCUCCGAUCCGAGGGUGCCACUUCAUCGCCCUCACGACAAAACAGCCUGGGAUCCUCUCACGAAUCAGCACACCAAGUGUCUUCGUAUGAGGACGGUCGUCAUACCCCGGACUCGCGAAACAACGACUCGAACUCCCCUGGACAUACCGUGGACCGCAACGACAUUCGCGCCAGCGCUGAGAAGAUCUUGUACACAUAUUUACUUCCUGGCUCCGAGCGGGAGAUCAUGCUACCGGAAUCGAUGGUUUCGUCCAUCAUCAACUUGGUUGAAGACGACGGCCGAGACGACCCCGAAGUUUUUGAUCCCGCCAAGGACUACGUUUUCCAAGCCAUGGAGCGCGAUGCUUUCCCCGGAUUCUUGCAGGCAAAGGCUCUGGGAAACAUUGUUCCCCUUAGCACUAUUCUGCGCCUCGCUUUUGCCCUGAUCAGCUUUGGCGGAGGUUUUUGGGGUGCAUUCUAUGUUGUGCUACGGAACAAGCCUCGUAACAUUCGCUGUUGGAUUAUUCUUCCAUUCGCUGUCGCCUCAUACUUUAUUAUUUCCUAUCAGUACAAGAUCGACCCCGUCAUGGCGUUCCUGGGAUACAGUGAAUACACUUUCAUGAACUGGGCCCCAAUUCGCGAGCCCUAUGUUCGCAAGCUCUUGAACAAGCGCGCCCUGGUCACCGCAAUGAUUGCUUUCUUGACAGCUGCAGCUUUGAGCAUUCUGUUCAUCUUCGUCCCCGGUACCAUUCUGUGA